CAAACAAAGCAGAGCUUAUUCCUCUCUUCCUAAAUCCCAAUCUUUCCAACUUACAAUCCAUUUCCUUCCAAACAUGCCAGUCAAAAUCCCAAACACCCUCUCCAUUCUCCACUCCUUCAAAUCCUCAUUUUCCACCAUCUCCUCUCCCUCCUCUCCCUCCUUUCCCUCUUCUACUUCUUCUUCCCCAAAAUGCCCCUCCACCCCACACAAAUCCCCAUCCACUCCUCCCCAUCCUCACCACACACUCUCCCAAUCCAUGAUGGAGGAGAACAUCGCAGCCGCCGAAUCGGUGAUCGCCAAACACGCCGCGGACCCCACCCCAUUCUACGGCGAUCACCACGAGGGACGGGAAUUCCUCCAGGCCAUCAAAAAACUCCAGGAUUCCAUGCUCUUCUUCGUCUCCAAAUCAAACUCAAAUUCAAACUCCGACAACAAUCUGGUGCGUGCCCAAACCCUCAUGCAGACUGCCAUGGACCGCCUCGGCCGGGAAUUCUACCAUAUCAUGUCCGUUAAUCGCGACAACCUGGAUCCCGAAUCAAUAUCCGGCCGCUCAUCGAUAAGAUGGAUCGGAUCGGACUCUGAUUACUCCGACACAGGCUCUGAUGAGGACUCCCUCGCUACCCGCGAAUCGAUCCAACAAAACGAACGGCUCUCGUCGCCCGCAAUGUUAGACAUCCAAUCAAUUGCCGAAUGCAUGAUCUCAUCUGGUUAUGGAAAGGAAUGUCUCAAAAUCUACAAAACUCUGCGGAAAUCGAUCAUCGAUGAAGGGCUCUAUACGCUCCGAUUCGAACGAUCGGGCCCACAUCAAACCCACAAGCUCAAUUGGGAUAUCGCCGAGCCCAAGAUCAAAAUCUGGUUGAAUUCAUCGAAAAUCGCCGUUAAAACACUCUUCUCCGGUGAGCGGAUUCUCUGCGAUCACGUCUUCGCGGCCUCUGGUGCGAUCAAAGAAACCUGCUUUGCUGAAAUUGUGAAAGAUGCUGCCGUCGAUCUGUUCGCAUUCCCAGAAUCCGUCGCGACGAAAUGUAAGAAAUUGCCGGAGAAGAUAUUCCCAAUCCUAGGUCUCUGCGACACCCUCUCCGAACUCAUUCCCGACAUCGAAUCGAUCUUCUCCUACGAAUCAACAUCCACCGUCCGUUCGCAAGCUGCCACCGCAGUUGCCAAGCUCGGCGAUGUGAUCCGUACCAUGAUACGCGAUUUCGAAUCAGCACUUCAGAAGGACAAUUGCCGAUUGCCGGUCCCGGGCGGCGGAAUCCAUCCGCUCACCCACAACGUCAUGAACUACGUCUGCGCACUCGUCGACUACAGCGGAACUAUCGUUGAAGUAUAUUCAAAUCAGCCAUUACCAGUACAAUCGCCACUACCGGAGCUUCUAAUUGAGAAUUCACCCACAGCGGAAAACUCGUUGUCCUCGAUCACCGUCCUAUUCGCAUGGCUGAUACUAGUCCUCCUCUGUAAGCUCGACGGAAAGGCCAAGCUCUACAAGGACGUCGGUCUAUCGUAUCUCUUCCUGGCGAAUAAUCUCCACUACAUCGUCACCAAAAUCCGAUCGUCCAAUCUUCGUUAUGUCCUCGGCAACGAUUGGAUCUCAAAGCACGACGCGAAGCUCCACCUGUACGUGGCGAGCUACGAAAACACCACGUGGGGUAAGGCGGUGGCGUCGUUGCAGGAGGAUCCAACGGUCGUGAUCGAGCGGGACGCGGCAAUGGAGGUGUUCCAGAGAUUCAAUCACGCCUUUUGGGCCGUAUACCGGGCCCAGACAGAGUGGGUGGUGCCGGAUGGGAGUAUGAGAGAAGAGAUGAAAGUUUCGGUGAAGAAGAAGAUUUUAACGGCGUAUCGGGCAUUUUACUGGAAGUAUCGGGUUAUGGUGGGCCAUGAAAAGGAUACGGAUAUCAUUGUUCCAGACCAUUUGGAGACCUACCUAUCGGAACUGUUUUACUCGUCGAGCCUUUCGGGUCCGGGAUGCAAAGGUUACUCAGGGGUUUGACACGUGUAGAAUAUCUAGGCUGUUCAUCAGCCCGGGCCCACUAUGUAUGUGCCCUGUUCAAAAGUUAGGCGAGUCUGCUUAUCAUGUGGGCAAACAUGGUGCAACCAGGGGCCCACCUGAUGAACGGACUCGAUUGAUUUUUGGGGUAGGGAAACAUGUCCGGUGGGGUUCGUAGAGGGAUGUGUGGCUGUGAGUAGGAUUCUUAUGUUACUCGAGCCAGUGGCCUUAGUGAUGCUCGUGCGCAAUAGUAAAAGGUUAGUGAGUUAGUAUAGUUGACUCGGCCGAGUCACCGAGUUUCUAGAUUUUGAGUUUUUAUGGGGGAAUUGUGAAUAUACUGGGAAAUAAUGAUAAAUAUCAGACUGUGAGGCCUGUUUGGGUGCCACUUAAAAAUGA